GGGCAAAUUUCUUAUAAUCCCUCUCUUCGCUAAAGUAGCUAAGUUCCAUCACCAUCAUAAAUAUAGUUUUUAAUGAACACAAACUAAAACAAGAUAUAUCUAUUACUGGAGUACAGAUCAAUUAUCCAAAAAAAAGAAAAAAAUUAAAAUAGUAAUAAUAAAAAGACAUGGCCUCAACUAACCAACCCAACACAACCAACCCACCACCUAUCACUCCAUCACACCAACCUUUCCUGCUAAGUCCCACCUUUCACUUCUUCACAAAAUCAUACUAUCUUCCACCCAAAGCCAGCCUCCCCUAUUCUCCCAAAUAUAACAAACCUUACAUCCAUAUCUCUCCUGUGAUCUUUACCAACAUCAAAUCCAAGCCUACAUCCUCUGUCUCUGUCUCUCUCUCUCUCUAUCUGUAAAUAAAAGUUUUCUUAAUUCUUUCUCCGCCAUUGUAGCAGCUCGAAGACAUGAGAGAAAGAAUGGAGAGAUUCGUGGGGUUUCCUUUCUCGGUGAGCUGUGUAUCGCAAGCAAGCGUGGAUGUGUUAGAGAGCGGUCCUCCAAGGAGAUCAAAAUCAGAGCGAGCUCCUUCAGCACUGUCAAUUGUGGAGGCACGAGAUAGAGAUCAGGCAAAGCUGAUGGCCAAAGGUCUAUCAGGAGCAAUCAACAUAAGCGCCGGAAUCCACAAAGCAGUAAUGAAAGGCAUCAAGAGCUUCUCCCAACUCUUCUUCGAGAGAGACCGAGAGGAUGAAUUUGACAUAAAGGAGAUUGGAUACCCAACAGAUGUGCAGCAUUUGGCUCAUGUUGGCGCUGAUGGGUCCAGUAUGGCUGGUCUUGACGCCAUGGAUGGCUGCGGGAGAGCUCCUGAUCAGCUCAGUUUCUUCCUUCCUCCGCUCGCUCUGAGGCAGUUUGAGCUCGCCAUGAACCAUGCUUGAUCAGAUUAUACUGCAUGGUUUAUUAAUUAGCUGCUGCUUGUUAUAUUUUGUUUUCUUUUCCUUGUUUCUUAUUUUUUUUGUUUUUUUUUUUUUG